AUUUACGGUAAGGUGGACGCGGCGACUGUGGCAGCUCCGUGUCAGGUGAUCUGAGCCGAGGAGCCGCCUGGAGUCGGAGAGGAAAAUGCAAGAUGGCCCGACGGGGCCGUGAGGGGCUCCCCGCCGCCCCCUCCCCGGCCGGACCCCGGCAGCGCAGGGCCAGCGGCGAGCGCUGAGGCCAGCCCCGCCGCGCUAGAGCCUGUCCCCGGGAGGGGCACCGAGCCAUGGGGCUCUGCUACAGUCUGCGCCCGCGGCUCUUUGGGGACCCCGGUGGAGGCGGCUCCAUCUCCAGCGCCGCCUCGGAGCCCGAGCAGCCCGCAGAGCACACGGCCCCCCCGCCGCAGCCGCUCGGAGCCCCGCGGGGAGGCAGCUGCUGCGGGCAGCCGGGGGCCGGGGGCUCGCUCCACCCUGCAGACAAGCCCGGGGGAGAGGCGGACGGGCCGCCGCCGCCGCCGCUGCUGCUGCAGAACGGAGGCGGCAACGGGGCGGCCCCGGAGCGGCAGCCGCUGCCCAAGCCCGGCGGCAAACAGCCCCGGCAGCCGCCUCAGCCGGCCGCGCUGCAGAGACCCUGGGAGAAGCUGCGCCUGGAGGAGCGGGAGGCGGAGAAGGAGGCGAGGAAAGUCAGCAAGAGCAUAGACCGGGCGCUGAAGGAGCAGAAGCGGGAGUACAAGCAAACGCACAGGCUGCUGCUGCUGGGAGCUGGUGAGUCAGGAAAAAGCACUAUUGUGAAACAAAUGAGGAUCCUGCAUGUCAAUGGAUUUAAUUCAGAAGAAAAGAAACAGAAAAUACUGGAUAUUCGGAAAAAUGUUAAAGAUGCGAUUGUGACUAUAGUUUCAGCAAUGGGCACUUUAAUACCCCCAGUUCCACUGGCCAAUCCGGAAAACCAGUUUCGAAUGGACUACAUCAAGAGUAUAGCUCCGCUUUCCGAUUUUGACUAUACACAGGAAUUCUUUGAACAUGCAAAAAAGCUCUGGGAUGAUGAAGGAGUAAAGGCAUGCUUCGAGAGGUCAAACGAAUACCAACUGAUUGACUGUGCACAGUACUUUCUGGAAAGAAUUGACAGCGUCAGUAUGGUUGACUAUACACCCACAGACCAGGAUCUAUUAAGAUGCAGAGUUUUGACAUCAGGGAUUUUUGAAACAAGAUUUCAAGUAGAUAAAGUAAAUUUUCACAUGUUUGAUGUAGGUGGCCAGAGAGACGAAAGAAGAAAAUGGAUCCAAUGUUUUAAUGAUGUCACUGCUAUAAUCUUUGUUGUGGCCUGUAGCAGCUACAACAUGGUAAUAAGGGAAGACAAUAACACAAACAGACUACGGGAAUCCCUGGAUCUCUUCAAAAGCAUCUGGAACAAUAGGUGGUUACGGACCAUUUCUAUCAUUUUGUUCUUGAACAAACAGGAUAUGCUAGCUGAAAAGGUCUUGGCAGGGAAAUCAAAAAUUGAAGAUUACUUUCCUGAAUAUGUGCGUUACACUGUACCUGAUGAUGCAACACCAGAUGCUGGAGAAGAUCCCAAAGUCACAAGAGCCAAGUUCUUUAUCCGGGAUGAGUUUUUAAGGAUAAGUACAGCAAGUGGAGAUGGCAGGCAUUACUGCUACCCACAUUUCACAUGUGCAGUGGACACAGAAAACAUCCGCAGAGUGUUCAAUGAUUGUCGAGACAUCAUUCAGAGAAUGCAUCUUCGCCAGUAUGAACUCUUGUGAUUGGGAUCACCGUGGAGCCUGUGGUUUUAAAUACUUAGCUCCUUACUCUCUUGCUCUCUCUCUAUACUAUGCCACACAGGGUGGAAGAAAGUACUACAGAAAUGUCAGUCUUUUCAGGUUGUUUACCUUAAUUAUUUAGCCUUUGAGCUGGUUUGCAGCAAGUUUGGGUUUCUUUUCCGCCAUGCUUUUUGGGAUUAUUUGUGUGCUUUAUUUUGAUAUGCCACUUCUUUGUCAUUCCACUAAGCCCUUUGGCUACCUCUGUUGCUUUAGAGGUGUGUUUUGUUUUUGGGGUUUUGUUUUUGCUAAUUGAACAUAACCUGCUAAAUUUUUUCCAGCAGGUUAUGUUAGUUCAAACUAGUAUGUCAGCUGGAUGACACUAAAGUCAUACCUAACCUUGUGUGGGUCCCUUUUUUAACAUGAUAUUAAGAGUACUUGAUGGUUGAUAAAAGAAUAAUGCACUUUGUAUCAGGUUAUUAAAUACUGUUGAGGAAGUAUACACACAAUGUAGCAGCACCACAAUAUUUAUUACUCUGUCACAGUUUUUAGCAUUACUGAGUUGCAGGUCAACUGAUAAAGUGACCUCCUCUUUUAAGCCGUUACUGGCACAGGAAGUAGAGUAGAUAAUGAGAGGCAUGGUGAAGAUAAGCAAUUUUUCUGGGGUUUUGGGGCUAAGUGCCUCUACACACCUCAGGCAUUUGAAUUAUAGCUACUUUUUCAGCCUGUUGCAUCUAGGCAGAAAAUGUACCACCCUCACUUACGUUAUUUGUGCUGUCCACAAAUGAUCCGUUUAGUUUAGAUCAUUCUUGGACAACAGUCCUCUCCCUAUAUAUAUUUUUUUUUGUUUUACUGCUGGUUUAUUAUAUUGUACAGACUGUAAAAUGUAAUAUUAUUUUGUACAACUUUAUUGAAGAAAAAUACUUGUAGAA